GUGUUGCUCCUUCGCAAAGGAACGGAAGUUAUUCUUGAGGAAGACACUACACGACUUUCGAAAUCUUACAAUGAAUUAUUGAAUGCCUUUGAAGCAAGAAGGAUAGCUUUUUUCCAAGAGCUUGAUGAAUUGAGGGGCAUGUUAAUAUUUCAGGAUGAUGGUAUUCGACAUCUUCAAUCAGAAAAAAGGAAUCUAAUGCAAACAAUAGUGGACAAGGAUGCUUUGAUCCAGUCACUGCAGAUGAACCAGUCGAUUUCAUCUAUGGGGCAGCUAUCAUUAACUUCGGCAUCAGGUGAAGAAGGUGGUCAAUCUGACAUAAUAAAAAGGCUUAAGGAUAGGAAUAAUGUACUUUGCGAAGCGAUACGUCAAUCAGAUAUCAAAAUUGGCAUCUUAGAGAGAGAUAAGAAUCAACAAGCUGCACAGUUGGCUGAAGCUUUGGAGACAAAGAGAUUAAUUCAGGAUGCAUAUGUAAAAACUCAAAAGCAACACAGUGAAGAAAUCGUUCAGUUACGCCACCAGCUUAGAGAAAGUAACCAACAUUAUAAGGAUACUCCUAAAUGGCAGUUUAGUCAUCAAGAUGUCACUCUAUCCCAACAGGAGUUAGGUAGAGGUGCUUUUGGUACUGUCCGUAUUGGUAAAUUUCGAGGGCAGUCAGUGGCUGUCAAGCAGUUGUAUGCAGAGCUGCAAAGCCCUGAAAAUAUUAGCAGAAUAAAUCGCGAGAUUGAUAUUCUAUCUCAACUACGACAUCCAAAUAUUGUCCAGUUCAUAGGUGCCAUUUUAGAUCAUCCUGAUGGCAAUCCUAGGAUUAUCACUGAAGUAAUUGAUACCAUCAUUGCGUAAAGC